AUGAAAAGUAAACGUAUAAAAAAGAAUGUAAAAGAAAAGGAUAUUAUUAACAACAAUAAUAAUAAUAAUAAAAAUAAAAGUUAUAAAAAUAAUAGUAAUAAAAAUAAUAGUAAUAAUAAUAAUAGUAAUAAAAAUAAUAGUAAUAGUAAUAAUAUUCCUUGUUAUAAUAAUGAUGUGGAAGAAUCCAGCGAUUUUAUAUUAUCAAAUCAUAAUUUAAAGAGUUUAAAAAAUGAAGAAAAAAAUAAUAUAAAAGAACUUAAAGAAAAACAAAUAUAUAUAAAAGAUACAUCCUCAUCAUCAAAUUAUAUAAAAGAUGAGAUAUCUAAUAGAACUUCUUCUUUAGAAUAUGAGGAUACUUUUUUUGAAGAAAAGAAAAUGAAUACAUGUUCCAAAAUAGAAGAUAAUUUCGAAAAUGAAAAUAAUAUAAAAAAACAAAAUGAUAUAAGAAAAAGAAAUGAUAAUAUAAAAAAUAAUAUAAAAGAUUUAAAUAAAGAAAAAACUUCAAUUCUUGAGAAAUUCAAACAACAAAAAUUAAAAUCUAAACAAAGAUAUUGGACUCCACAUUGUUUAAUAACAACUUAUUUAUGUGUAUCAAUUAUAUUUAUUUUAAUAGGAUGUAUAUUUAUUAUUUUAUCUACAAGAAGAAAAGAAUGUAAAAUUUCGUAUGGAGAAUAUAAUACAUCACCUUUGUUCUUAGAAGUAAAUGAAGAUAAUUGUCAAGGACCCAAAAGACCAUUUAAAAAAAAUGCAUAUAUUUUUUAUGAGCUCCAUAAUUUUUAUCAAAACCAUAAAAAAUAUCUAGUAUCAAAAUCGCACAACCAGUUGAUGGGAACUGUAUAUACAAAAGACAGCGAGGUCUCUCAAUGUGGACCAAUCACAAAAAAUAGUGAAGGCAAAAUACUUCAUCCAUGUGGGCUUAUAGCUAGAAGUAUUUUCAAUGACACAUUCUCUGUUUAUAAAGAUAAAGAAUUACAGAAUAUGAUUAAAUUAGAUGAAUCUAAAGAAGGGAUUACUUGGUAUAGUGAUUAUAAUAAAUUUAAGAACCCAUCAGCUAGCGAAAUGGAAUUACAUAAAUCACAUGUCGAUUUUUGGCUUAUGAAUGAAAAAUAUAAAAAUGUAUUAAAUAUGAAUAAUGAAAAUGGAUAUGGAGUUGAGAAUUCUCAUUUUAUCGUAUGGAUGAAAACAGCUGCUUUAUCAGAAUUUAGAAAGAAAUAUGCUAAAAUUAAUGAUGAACUGACUGUACCUUUUUAUGUAAAUAUUAAUAAUAAUUUCCCUGUUUCUAAAUUUAAUGGAAAGAAAUUUUUUGUUAUAGCUGAGGGGUCAGUAUUUAUAAAUGAAAAAGUACAAUCACUAGGAAUUCUCUAUUUAGUAAUAGGAAUUAUAUCUCUUUGUAUUGUCGCUUGUCUUUUAUAUAAUCAAAUGAAAAACCCAAGAAUUAUAGGUUACCAUACAUACAUAUAUAUUUUCUUUUUUUUAUAA